UGGAGGGAGCGGCGGGGCCUAAGAAGAUAAGCCAAAGCAACUACUUGCAGCUGUAUAUAUUGAGGCCGCCGCUUUGUCCUCCGUCUCGUCCUGCGCCUCCGUCUUCACGAUGCUGCUGCUCAGCUUCGCCCUCCUCGCCCUGGUGACGCGCUCCCUCGCGUACAACCCCGACGACUUCAUCCACUCGCUGGGGGCGACCUACUGGGGCUUCUGGGGCCAGACCGAGGCGUGUCCUGAGGGGUCCUUCGCGAGGGCCUUCGAGCUUAGGGUGGAAGGGGAACACUUACUUGACGACAACACGAGCGUGAACGCCAUCAGACUGUACUGCUAUAACACGACUCUGCAUCACACCGGGAUCGUCACCUCCUCGACCAUGAACCGCGGCAGCUGGACCGGCGUGUACAGCUGCGAAGAGGGGGACUUCCUCGGGGGUUACGACCUCAAGAGCCAGCCUGAACAGGGAGCCCUUGGAGACAACACCGCCGCCAACGCGCUCCGCAUGUACUGUAAGUCCCAGGGUGAGGACGUUUACAUGGAGUCCCCUGGCACCAAGUGGGGGGAUUGGUUGGGGCCGUCCUUCUGCAGGACUAAAAUGGCGGUGUGCGGCCUCAUGACCCUGGUGGAGGAUGACCAGGGCGGGCUAUCGGACGACACGGCGCUCAACGACGUCCGCUUUCUGUGCUGCGACUUGCCCGAGUGAGGCGCCGACUGUUUGGGGUACAGAACGAUGCACAAGGAUAUAAGGAGACCACAAGAGACCACUCGGCCCGCACGUGGCAGCACUUGAGACCUGUGCUAGUAAUCUGCCAUCCGCCUUCCCUGCCACAAAUGUAUCUAACUGUCAUUCAUAAGUCAAUCUUAAUUGUAUUGGCAACAUAUUCAGGUCCGUAAUUAGUCCCACUCAUCCACUGCGGUAAUUUGUUCCGUUGAUCCGGUAUGCUCUGUAAACCAGUUCUUGCCUGUCUCUCUACUGAGCCCGAAUGGUUGUUUGCUUUAGUCUUGUAACCAAUAAACUGAAGUUCUUUUACUUUUUGCGCCUGAGACUUGUUUUAGUGAAAUAUAAAUAUUGGUUUGUC